AUCUUGUCGUCUGCCAACUUUUCCAGAUCGCAAACAGUGUUGCCGGAAUACGCUUCCUUCUCAUCCGUAACAUAGUCAUUGGUCGAAUUGCUUUUUGAACUUUUCUUCUCGUUUCGACUUGUGAAAGCAAUUCUGAGCAGAAACCAGCCGCGAUUUCGACUUUAACCUUCUGAAUGGCUGAGAAUAUGAACAGUGAGUCCUUGUUGGCUCAGAUCCAACAACUGGAACAUGAGCGUGAUGAAUUACGCAAAGAUAUUGAGCAAUUAUGCAUGCAGCAAGCUGGGCCUGGCUAUCUUGCUGUGGUUACUCGAAUGCAUUUUCAAAGGACAGCUGGACUGGAGCAAGAGAUUGAGAGCUUGAAAAAGAAAUUGGCUACGUGCACAAGAGAUAAUUUAAAUCUACAAGAGGAGCUUUCAGAGGCUUACAGAAUCAAAAGUCAACUAGCAGAUCUACACAGUGCUGAGGUUGCGAAGAAUAUGGAAGCUGAGAAGCAGGUUAAAUUUUUCCAUGGUUGUGUAGCUGCCGCUUUUGCUGAAAGGGAUCAUGCAAUAAUGGAGGCUGAAAAGGCCAAGGAAAAGGAGGAGUCAAUGUCACAGCUAAUGAAUCCCAUCCAGAAGAGGGUAGAAGAGCUUACCUCAGAAUGUAUUAUACUAAAGAAACUUAAUGAUGAUUUGCAAAUUGAUAUGGCAAAGCUGGCGGAACAGAAUGAAACUUUCAAGAUGGUUAUUAACAAAUUCUUUGAGAUAAGGCAACAGUCCUUGAAAGAAUUUGAGGAUACAAGUUGGGAUGAUAAAUGUGAAUUUCUUUUGCAUGACCCAGAUGAAGUGUGGAGUUUUAACGAUACUUCUACCUCCAAAUACAUUAGUACAUUGGAAGACGAGCUGGAAAGAGUGAGAAACUCUGUGGAUAGUCUUCAAAAUAAACUAAGGGUGGGCUUGGAAAUUGAAAAUCAUUUGAAGAAGAAAAUCAAAGUUCUGGAGAAGAAACAAAUGUCUUUCAACAUAAUGAUAAAUAAUAGCAUAUCGGACUUGAAAUGUUAUUAUUCUCAGUAUAGGGAUCACAUAAAACAUUUACUUAAUGAUGGGGAAUCGAGCAUCAAAUCCAUAAUUAGCAUGAUUGAUGAAAGAGUCAGGAAGUUUGAUCAGAGCGGCAACCUAAAUUUGAUCCCACAAAAUGAGGCAGAAGCAGAACCAGAAGACCAUGAAUGCCGAGAUGUGCAUAUUAGCCCUCAAGCUAUACCUGUCUCAGAAAAUGAGAGUAAUGAACCUAGUGUGCUGAACAUAGAACAUGGUGGAAAAGGUGGUGCCUCUGAAGCUCUAUCCCAGGCAUUGCAGGAAAAGGUGGCUGCAUUAUUACUUUUAUCACAGCAAGAGGAGAGACACUUACUGGAGAGAAAUGUGCAUUUAGCUCUUCAAAAGAAAGUUGAAGAACUUCAGAGGAACUUGCUGCAGGUUACCAAUGAAAAGGUGAAAGCUCUCAUGGAACUGGCACAAAUAAAGCAGGAGAAUCAUUUGCUUAGGGAAAAAUUUGGUCCUCAGACUAAAGAGGAAAAAUCUGUGGUUGAUAGUGGAGAAAGAAACUUGGUUAUUCAUCAACAGGAUGGAAGAUUAAGAAACUUACUGAAGAAAACAUAUUUGAAACGAUGGAUCAAUCCACUAGAUGCGAGCAGAAAUGAAGCUGACAGAGAAACUAACAGUGAAGGGAAAUUUUUCCAUCGGAGAUCUAGCAGCAUGGACCUUGCAAGAAUGAAGAUUGAAGUCGCUACUCUUAAGGAAAGCUUAGAAAGCAUGGAUCAUCUGACUUCUUCGUUUCAUAGACUUCGCCUCUCUCUUUUAAAGGCCAAAGAUUCGCUGACUUCAGAAGGUACAAAAUCUGGUGCUUAUCAAGUCCUUGACAGUGUGAUCAACGAGGCAAAACUUUUAAGGACUGCUCUUGGCAGCUCCCUACCCAUCAGUUGGUCAGCCGGAGAAGAUGUUGGUGUCAGCGGAGAUAGUACAUGCAGUGACUUGGGGUACAUAAACCAGGACUGCGGUGAUGAGAAGGUAGAUACUGUAUCGGCUGCUGGGUUUGAGAUGAUGGAACUUGUGAUAUUUGCAGCUCAAAAGUUAAAGGACGCUGCAAUGCAUUCUAAUGUGGUUCCUGACAUAGAAGCUGCAUGAACACCGCUCUGUAUAGAUCGAUGCCCUUUAAGGUGCUGCUCUGAGAAAGGGUGGAUGAUGUAGAAUUAAUAGGUAGGAGGAUGAGAGUUUGGGGGAAUUUGUUUCCGAAGGGAGAAAAUUGAAAGCUGUGCUGGACAAUCACAACGAUACUGUUUCAUGUUUGUACAAAUUUAUUUAUUAUGUGCGUCUUUCAUUCAUUCAUUGUACAUUCAGUGUACAGAUUGGCUGAUUUGAAGGAGUCAGUUACCAUAUUAGCUCAAAACUCCAAGGCUGAUGAGUGCUUUUACCAUAGUCUGUAAAAUCCUCUGGUAUUUUCAGAUGUUAUGCAUCAAAAGUAAUUCUGGAGUUUGAUGUGGCAUU